AAUCGAGGGAUUUUUAAGUCAUUUUAAUCAGUUCGAAGCAACCAUUCAGUAUACCAUCGUCAUCAUGAAAUAUUUGGUGUGUGUUGCGCUUUUGUGCGCUGUUGGUGUAUCCAUUGCUCAAGAAUCGCAACAAAAUGUAGAAAACAACCAAGAAAGUUUGGCGUCUAUUGAAGAAAACACACAAUACCAAGGGGAUGUCACUGAUGGUGCUAGGGAUAAACGAUUGAUUGGGAAAUUAGCACUGGCGAAGAUUGGCGUGUUGGGACUUGGUGCUGUUGCUGCUAAAACCGCGCUUGUAGGUGGAGCUGGUCUUCUUGCAGCUAAAUCCCUUUCAGGUUAUGGUCGUGGUUAUGGAGGUUAUGGAGGUUAUGGCGGUUAUGGAGGUUAUGGAAACAACUACGGGGGAUACGGUCACAAUUACGGCGGAUACGGCCAUAAUUACGGUGGAUACGGUCAUAACUAUGGUGGUUAUGGCGGUUAUGGUGGUUACGGCAACAAUUAUGGAGGUUAUGGUCAUGGUUAUGGCAACGGAUACUCCGGAAUUGGUUUCUCUCUAAACGCAGGUAUCGGUGGCUACGGUAAGGGUUACGGCAACUCUUAUGGAAAUAGCUAUGGUGGUUACGGAGGAGGUUAUGGAGGAGGUUAUGGAGGUUAUGGUACUUCCGGUUAUAGCGGCUAUGGCGGCUACAACAACUGGUAAUCCCAUCACCAAAAAUUAAUUCAUGAAACGCCAUUCGAUGCAAUCACCUCAAAAUUUUCUAUGAUGUAAUGUAAAUUUAAACAGAACUGAUUUUACUGUAAAUUAUUGACGCUUAAUUAAACAAAGUGUGUUCAAUACUCUUAA